AUGUCUAUUUACAGGAACGGCGUUUGGUUCCUUAAGGGACUUAAAGAAUAUACAAAGAGUGGAUAUGAAAAAGCCAGCCAACAUUUUAAUGCAGGUGACCUUGAAGUAAACUUGAAAGACCGAAUUUUUAUGGUCACUGGUGGCAGUAGUGGAGUUGGAAAAUCAAUUGUAGAAGAUUUAGCUAAAAGAGGUGCUACAGUUCAUUUGCUGUGCAGAAACACAGAAAGAGCAGAAGCUAUAAAAAAUCAAAUCAAAGAGACAACAGGAAAUGAGAAUAUAACUAUACAUGCUUUAGACUUAUCAAAACCAGCAGAUGUUUACAAGUGGGCCAAAAAUUUUGCUGAAUCAAGUCAUAAAUUAGAUGUUCUUAUUAAUAAUGCUGGUGCUAUGUUGAAUGUAAAAACUGUUACUCUGGAUAGUCUGGAUGCUGGUUUUGCUGCAAACACUCUCGCUCACCAUAUAUUAACCACUUUACUGAUACCCAAACUCUCAGAAAGUGAUGAUCCUCGUGUGGUAAUGGUCAGUUCUGGUGGCAUGUUGGUACAGAAACUGAAUGCAGCAGAUCCUCAAUGCGACCUGGGAGAAUACGACAGCACAAUGGCCUAUGCGCAGAAUAAACGUCAGCAAGUAAUUAUGAUUGAACAAUAUGCAAGAAAACAUCCUAAAAUUUAUUUUAGCUCAAUGCACCCUGGUUGGGCUGAUACUCCAGGGGUUGAACAAGCUAUGCCUGGAUUUUACACUAAAAUGAAGGACCGACUUCGUACACCUCAGCAAGGAGCUGAUACUGCUUUAUGGUUGGCAAUCUCACAAGCUGCUAAAAAAUAUGUUAGUGGACAAUUCUUUCAAGACCGGGCACCAACAGCUACUCAUUUGCCUCUGGCCAGGACAAAAUGCACUCCUGAAGAAGAAGUUGUUUUUAUGAACAAGAUCGAUGACCUUAUGCAGAAAUUUAGUCAGAAACCCAAGAAAGAGGGUGAUGAUGCUGCUGAAGGACUUCCAGGACCUGGUGAAGAUGCUGAAUAUGCAUCUUCCAGCUCCUCUUCUACACCAAAAUACAGUCCUUAA